ACAAUCAAAGAAACCAAGAAGAAGAAAAAGAAAUGGCUACACUGGGAGGUGCAAGACUCACCACCUGCAACGAUACCUGCGGCUGCCCUACUCCAUGUCCUGGCGGCCUGUCUUGCAGGUGCGCAACCAGGUCUGACUCUACGACUGCGGCGGACCACAAGAAAUGCUCAUGUGGGGCGCAUUGUGGCUGCAACCCGUGCAGUUGUGCUAGCAAAGUCGUCACCACUGGGGUUGGCAAGGCCUACUGCAAGUGCGGCGACGCUUGCAACUGUGUCUCAUGCGCUGCUUAAAGAAGCUCAACAGCAUCUUCACUGCUGGGAUGUGAAUUAUCAUGUAAUAAAGUUGUUAAUAGACUUCACCUGGUCUGUGUUUUAGAAAUUAAAGACCCUCCAGUGUCCCUAUCACUAUGAAUUUAUGUCUUUGAU